CAGCCGAUAAGCAGAGACUGAGGCAGCAUCCCCGGCAGAUCUCCACUUGUACACAAACUGAGCUUCUCAGAGAUAUAGCACAAGCACACCAGCCCUAUAUACAGACAGUAUGAGCAUAACCAGUAACGAGGUCAACUUUUUGGUCUACCGGUACCUACAAGAGUCCGGGUUUAUCCAUUCGGCGUUCUGCUUUGGACACGAAUCCUUCGUGUUCAAGUCCAAUAUCAAUGGCAUGGAUGUGCCCCCCGGCACGUUAGUGUCCAUGAUCCAGAAGG